CUUCUUCUUCACAUACUUUCUUCUCCAGCAAAAUUAUUCAGUCUGAGUCAAAAUUAGGGUUUGAAAUUUGCUGCCUCUGAUCAGUGAGUGAAGAAAGUUUGGAGCUUUGAGUAACUUUAACAAUGGAGGUAUUUGGAAAAUCUCAUGUGGUUGGCUCUGCUAAUGUUAUUUACUUGUCUGCUUUAUUGGGUCGCGAUGGACCCAAUCCGUGUCACAAAUGUGAUUGGAAAUGCGAGAAUGAGAAUGUUUGUGGGAAUAUGUACCGUUGCAAACUAACUGGGUUGACUCACGUCUGUGACAAGAACUGCAACCAAAGGAUUUUGUAUGAUAACCAUAACUCUUUGUGCCGAGCUAGUGGUCGGAUAUUCCCGCUUUCUUCGGCUGAGGAACAGGCGGUUAAAGGAGUUCGGAGGAAGCUUGAUGAUGAGAGUCAACAACCCUCUGAAAGUUGUGUUAAGCGUCGUCGGCGUGAUGCUCAGUUUCAUUCUUCUCCUUUCGAGAGGUCUUUUGCUGCUGUGAGCCCAAUUUGCAGCCAAGCUGGAGAUGGAAUGGAGAUGAACUAGAUCUUUGUUGAUCUUUUAUAUCUCUUGAGAGGCUUUUCUUUUAUCUCACCUAGAAUAACUUCCUUUCCUUUUUCAUUUUGGACAACUAUGCAAUAAGAGACAUUAUUCCAUGUGCUCUUCCAGAGAGACUAGGCUUAGCUCUCUGUCUGAAGAAGCACUUUAUCUUAGUAUUGUUGAACUCUAUGUAGUAUUUAACGUAGGAGAGACUUUAUAAUUCUGCUACUACUCUUUCUGGACGUUCUUGUUUUGAUAUUAUUAGGUGAAGUAGAAAAUGUAGAAUAACACGCUUGUUUCAGCUUUCUUUCUAGUGCUGUCUGAUAUUCUCCUCGCGCACCUUAAGUUUCUCCUCGUAUAUGGACACAGUGUCAAAGCAGCCUUUGUUUAUCUUUGUAUCUUGUUUUGCUUGCUUCGACUGGUACAAGAUACCAUUGGUUAUUCCUGUCAGUUUAUUGCGACAGGUUUUUGUCACAUUGCUGAAAAUUGCAGUGUAGGUUUCCACCAGGUUCUUGAAGACAAAAUUAUUUCUGGUUUGUCAUCCUGUAGAAUAUUCCCCUUCAUCUUCUCAAUGGAGACAUUAUUGUAAACUAUACUUUGUUAAGAUCAAUUUCCUUCCUUUCCUUGUUUAAUGAGCACUAGAAGUUCUGAAAUUAUUUUCUGUUUGUGCAGGUUUCAUAAUCUUGCAAUGCAAGAGAGUUUUAGUUACCAUUAUUCUCUGUACAAUGAUAAGACUGUUAUUUUUCUUAAUUCUCAGUGUUUGAUGAGUAAGUCUAACAAUUGAAAGCUUUAACCUUUCUUUGUAGGUAGGUCUAUGUUUGUGCUCAGCAGGCAACUACGCGCAAUUUGUAAACUGAUGAUCGAGACAUUAGAGGAAGGACAGUUGUCGAAAGAAAUGAUACCCAACAUG